AUGUCAGAUUUGUAUCCCUCGAUUUCUCAGUGCGCUACUGUGUCAACUGCGUUUAAGAUAUUACUAUUACCUGCGUACCAAUCAACCGACUUUGAAGUGCACAGGAACUGGCUUGCUAUAACCAAUUCUCUUCCAACCGACAAGUGGUACUAUGAGAACACGUCAGAAUGGACACUGGAUUAUCCGCCAUUUUUUGCCUAUUUCGAGUGGCUGCUAUCGCUAUUUGCCAAAAUAAUAGAUCCAGAGAUGACCAAAAUACUAAAUUUAGGAUACAAUAAUUGGAAGACAGUUUACUUUCAGCGAGUGACAGUUAUCUUAACAGAGCUAGUUCUAGUCUAUGCGCUUUACAUGUUUGUCAAAUCUGCUCCGAUCACAUCUCGGCGAGCGUCUCAUGCUGCGGCACUCUCAAUCCUACUAUCACCUGGACUCCUGAUAAUCGAUCAUAUACACUUUCAGUAUAAUGGUUUCCUGUACGGACUCCUGAUACUAUCUUUGGUAUUAGCAAGGAAUGAAUCAACAACCUUGGCUAGCGGGGCUCUAUUUGCAGCUCUUCUAUGCUUCAAACACAUUUUUCUUUACCUUGCACCCGCCUACUUUAUAUAUCUAUUACGUGGGUACUGCCUUGAAACAAAAAAUAUAUUUCGAUUUAGGGUUAAAAACUGUUUCAAGCUCGGAAUUAGUAUAUCAACAAUAUUUCUAGCAGCAUUUGGGCCAUUUAUUUACUGGGGACAAACUGCACAAGUAAUAAGUCGAUUGUUUCCUUUUUCCAGGGGACUUUGUCAUGCUUAUUGGGCACCAAACUUUUGGGCUAUUUAUGGAUUCACAGAUCGUAUACUGAUACACCUGGCUCAAUAUUUUGGCAUCUCGAUCAAUCAAGAUGCAAUUCAACGUGUAACGCGAGGCCUAGUCGGAGACGUCUCUUUUGCUGUCCUUCCACAGGUUACAGCGCGUACAACAUUCAUCCUGACUGCAACUUUCCAAACUAUGCCCCUCAUCAAGCUUUUUCUUGAUCCUAAUUGGGAUACCUUUGUCGGUGCCGUUACCCUAAGUGGGUAUGCUUCAUUUAUCUUUGGUUGGCAUGUUCACGAAAAAGCUAUUUUGCUUGUCAUUCUUCCGUUUACCCUGAUAGCCUUGAAAGAUCGCCGCUAUCUGGGCGCCUUUCGACCAUUAGCGGUUGCUGGACAUGUUUCUCUAUUUCCCUUGCUCUUUACUGCAGCAGAGUUUCCCAUAAAGACAAUCUACACACUGUUGUGGCUUCUUGUAUUCCUUGUCGCAUAUGACAAAUUAGCACUAGCAAGCAAAAAAUCUAGGGUCUUUCUCUUUGAUCGCUUUAGCCUCUUAUACAUUGCUGUUAGUAUACCACUUGUGGUCUAUUGUAGUUUCUUGCACGGCUUAAUAUUAGGCAAGAAGUUCGAAUUCCUUCCAUUAAUGUUUAUAAGCACCUACUCCGCAAUUGGCGUUAUAGGUAGUUAUUUAGGGUUUCUUGUUGUAUUUUUUACUAGUUAA